AUUCAGAUACUUGUUCCUGCCAAAUCUGACGCGAAGCGAAGUUCUCGUCAAUGGCGAAGCCAACCGCAGCAGCAGCUUCCUCGCUCAUGCAAACGCUAAGGCGCUUCGUCAAGAAGCCAUGGGAGAUAACCGGACCUUGCGCCGAUCCGGAGUACCGAUUAGCUGUGCCGAAAGCGACCGAGUACCGUCUCCGGUGCCCCGCCACGACGAAUGAGAAGCCGAUCGUGCCGACCUCGAAUCCCGAGACGGUCUACAACAUCGUGUACCAUUCUCGAGAUCAGCGCCGGAACCGCCCGCCGAUCCGGAAGUAUGUGCUGAAGAAGGACGACGUGGUUCAGACGAUGAAGGAGAAGAAGACGUUCGAUGUGUCGGAGUUCCCUAGGGUUUACUUGACAACCACCGUCGUGGAGGAUGAGAAUGCCCGCGGAGGGGGCUACCAGUAAUAGGUCUCUCCGAUCUCGCACGUCUGCCAUUCUUGUUGGACUAUUCGCCCAUUGAACUCCCCAAGGCUGAUUUUGCCACCGACAAGGAUAUCUAUGGUUUGCUUAAUCAAAAUAAGGGUUAAAGCCUUUGAACUGCAAAUAAUGGCAGGUCCAUAAAGACCUAGAUUUGUUACAAAAACAGAGGAUUUCAUCGGAUUUGUCUUGCCAUGUCACUUACAUUUUGGUUUUUCCAUCUGUAAAAAGGCUAAAAAGACAAUCCUUGUCUUCUUUUUUGUUUGUUCUA